UAUUCGUUUUUUGAUCAUUUAGAUACAUUGGCGUCUUUUGUGCUCGGUUUUAAUAGCGGCCAUGUUUUAUUACGUCAUCGUGUUUUGGCUUCACGAAACAGCGUGUCAGAAUAAAUCUUUAGGAUUUGACCUAAAACGAUAUAAACGCUAGAGUUCGUGCCAUGGUUUAGUGUAAAGUAGAUACAUUAAAGGUUUUCUGUAAGAUGUGAGGUGGUUAACUCGUGUAUAAUACAGCCAAAAAGUUGUUCAUAAAAACAAAAGUGAGUUUCAGACAUGGGACGUAAAAAACAGGGUAAAUGCGAGCGACAGGUUCACAAGGGCAAAGACACACGACACAGGAUGAAGGGGAAAUCAUUAGAGACUUUCACAGAGGAGAUGCAUGAGGCUCUACAAGCCAGUGAGGAUGCCGAUUCAGAGGCUGCAGGAGGCGUGAAGUUGCCCUGUCCGUUGGCCAUGUGGGAUCUGGGUCACUGUGACCCCAAGCGGUGUACAGGACGGAAGCUGGCCAGGAAAGGUUUUGUGCGCUGCCUGCGACUCAACCAGAGAUUCAAUGGCCUGAUACUCAGCCCGAUGGGAACCAAAUACGUUACACCUGCAGACAGGGAGAUUGUGGCACAGGGAGGUCUGGCCGUGAUCGACUGUUCAUGGGCGCGACUCGAAGACACGCCCUUCAGCAAAAUGAUUGGCUCGCAUCCGAGGCUUUUGCCGUACUUGGUCGCAGCGAAUCCUGUAAACUACGGAAAGCCAUGCAAGCUGUCCUGCGUCGAGGCUUACGCCGCCACCUUCUGCAUCGUGGGAUUUCGUGACCUUGCUGUGCUCCUGCUGAGGAAGUUUAAGUGGGGCUUGGGAUUUUUGGAGCUGAAUAAGACUCUUCUAGAGCGUUACGCUUCCAGCCAAUCAGAAGAGGAACUACUGGCUGUGGAGAAAGAGUUUCUCAGUGCCGCCCCUGAAGAGGAAGAUAUAGACCCUUUCGAUGUGGACUCAGGAAGAGACUUUGUGAAUCUCAACAGACCAGUCCAGGCCGAGGACGAUGACAGUGACGAGACAUCAGAGGAGGAAGACGGCGGUGAGGAGGAAGCACAGAAGGCUGAAGAGGAAGAUGAUGAAAGAGAUGAGGAGUCUUGAGUUACGCAACCUUACAAUGUAACACGCGAGGAAGAAGGAUGUUCAGUCACUGAUUUAGUAACGCUGACCUUCGCUCGACACAAGCAAACUUCUGUUUCCUGCGUGUUUGCAGAUGGAUGCAGAUAGCGAGUUAACCAGCGAGCUCAUCGGGUGCCUGGCGUUUUAAAAUGUGCGAAAUGUACCAUUUGUUCAUGAGCAGAAUCUUCUCGAACUGUAAUAACAUUAUUGCAAAAAAGAAAAAAACCGUUGACUGUUUAUAAGCAGAAUAAAAUAUUUAAUAAAUAAUAAAUAGCAUUCGGGUAUGGAUUACAAACCAUAGUGCCACAUUCAA